AUGGCCGUCCUCGGCGAUGAUUUGUUGACGACCGUCAACAAGUUGCAAGACCUCGUUUUUAAUACCAUUGGCAACGAUUCGCUCGAUCUGCCCCAAAUAGUCGUCGUCGGCUCGCAAUCGGCGGGCAAGUCGUCCGUGCUCGAAAACAUUGUCGGCCGGGACUUCCUGCCCCGCGGCAGCGGGAUCGUGACAAGGCGGCCUCUCAUUCUGCAGCUGAUCAACGUGCCGGAGGAAGAGGGCGCCAAUGGGGCGGCCGCCAUCAACGACAACCGGAUUCAGUUUCUCGACCCCAAUGCGGCGCGGCGGUCGGAAUGGGCUGAGUUCCACCACCUGCCGAACCGGCGCUUUAUCGACUUUACGGAGGUGCGGCGCGAGAUCGAGAACGAGACAGCACGCGUGGCCGGCACCAACAAGGGCAUCACGCGGCAACCCAUCAACCUCAAGAUUUACUCGCCACACGUGCUCAACCUGACGCUGGUCGAUCUGCCGGGCCUGACAAAGGUGCCGAUUGGCGACCAGCCGACCGACAUUGAGAAGCAGACGCGCAACCUCAUCUCCGAGUACAUUGCCAAGCCCAACAGCAUCGUGCUGGCGGUGUCGCCGGCGAACGUGGACAUUGUCAACUCGGAAGCGCUCAAGCUGGCACGCCAUGUCGACCCGCUGGGCCGGCGGACAAUCGGAGUGUUGACCAAGAUCGACCUGAUGGACCACGGCACCAAUGCGCUGGACAUUCUGAGCGGACGGGUGUACCCGCUGAAGCUGGGGUGGAUCGGCGUGGUGAAUCGGUCGCAGCAGGACAUUAUGGGCAGCAAGCCGAUGGAUGAGGCGCUCAAGUCGGAGGUAGAGUUCUUCCGGCAUCAUCCAGCAUACCGCAACAUCUCGGCGCGGUGCGGAACACCAUACCUAGCCAAGACGCUCAACUCGACGCUCAUGACGCACAUUCGCGAUCGGCUGCCGGACAUCAAGGCGCGGCUGAACACGCUGAUGGGGCAGACGCAGCAGGAGCUGGCAAGCUACGGCGACAUGCACUUUAGCGGCAAGGAGCACCGCGGAUCGCUGAUCUUGCAGCUGAUGACGCGAUUUGCGACGUCGUUUAUCUCGUCCAUCGAUGGCACGUCGACGGAGAUCUCGACCAAGGAGCUGUGCGGCGGCGCGCGCAUCUAUUACAUUUUUAACUCAGUCUUUGGCAGCGCGCUAGAGUCGAUCGACCCGACGUCGAAUCUGUCGGCGCUAGACAUCCGCACGGCGAUCCGCAACUCGACAGGCCCGAGGCCGAGCCUUUUUGUGCCGGAGAUGGCCUUUGACCUGCUGGUGAAGCCGCAGAUCAAGCUGCUGGAGAUUCCGAGCCAGCGCUGCGUGGAGCUGGUGUACGAGGAGCUCAUCAAGAUCUGCCACACGUGCGGUUCGACAGAAUUGAGCCGGUUCCCACGGCUGCAAGCGAAGCUGAUCGAGGUGGUGUCAGACCUGCUGCGGGAGCGGUUGGGCCCGGCGUCCAACUAUGUCGAGUCGCUGAUCUCGAUCCAGCGGGCGUACAUCAACACGAACCACCCCAACUUCUUGGGUGCGGCGGCGGCGAUGAGCCACGUGGUCAACGAGAAGCAGGAGCGUGAGCGGCGCCGGCUGAUCCAGGAGGAACGCGAGCGUCGCGACCGGAGGCGAGCCAAGGAGCUGGGGGGUGCCAGCGUGGCCGGCAGCAACACACACGGCUACCACGGGACCGAGACGCCAGAUGACGACGAGGACAGCGUCAGCAAUGCAGGCGGUGGUGGUGGCGGCGGCUCCGUCAUGGCGGCGGCAUCGGCGUCACUGCGCAAGGGCGGGCCUGCAGCGGCAGCCAUGGCGGCGGCUUCUCGCAACGGCCGCAGUGCAUCGCUGGCACGUGACCACAACGGCGGCAUUGCGGCGGCUCUCAACGGCGGCAGUGUGCGCGGCCAGUCGCCGUCGCGCUACGCCAACCCGCAGGCUCUCGGCAGCACCAAGGACUCGUUCCUCAACUACUUCUUCGGCAAGGAAGGUGGUGCCACCCACAUGCUGCCGCCAUCGUCGUCGGGCAUCAACGGCAACAGCGGCGCCAACAGCUCGUCGCUGGCGCCGCCGGCAUCGGCGCUCGGGGCCAACAUUGGACGUCACGUGAGCCAGGCUUCGGAGCCGUCGUUUAGUCAGAGCAUGCGGAGGCCCGACGACCAGCGGCCACUGCGGUCACCGCUAGCACCACCAUCCGCCAUGGACGACUACGGCACUGCCGGCAGUGUCGCCGGUAGCGUGGUGACAGCCGGUGGUGGUGGCGGUAGCAGCAGCAACGAUUUUUUCGGCGGCGAGCCGGCGCUGACCGACCGCGAGGCCAUGGAAACAGAGCUCAUCCGUGCGCUCAUCUCAUCCUACUUUAACAUUGUACGCGAAUCCAUCGGCGACCAGGUGCCCAAGGCCAUCAUGCAUCUGCUGGUCAACCACUGCAAAGAUGUGGUGCAAAAUCGACUCGUCAGCGAGCUCUACAAGGAGACCCUCUUCCAGGAACUGCUCUACGAAGACGACGGCGUCAAGAAGGAACGCGAAAAGUGUGAACAGCUGCUCGAGACCUACAAGGAGGCCGCCAAGAUCAUCGGCGAGGUCGUCUGA